GCCGAUGGAUGCCGAUGUUUGAAACACAAAAGAGCCUCAAACUUCCCGGUUUGUUUCUCCGUCAGUCUGUUAAAAGAGACUCGGUUUGUGUUUUAAAAUGUCCACAGAUCCACUGGACGCUCUGAGGGAGCGGAACCAGAACCUGCUGACCCAGCUGAGGCGGCAGCGACACGAGCUGGAGCUGCGGAGCGGCCGCGCCGAGAGCCGCAAGAGGGAGAGAGAGGCCGAGGCUACCGGGGGGGAACCGGCGGCUGAGGCCGGGGGAGGCCGACGGUCUGCUGCCGCCGCCCGGUCCAGACCCUCCGUGAGAUUCGCCGAUAUCUGUGAGACACAAACAGACAUCCAGCAGACUGCUGCACCACCGACAUCCAACCACGGAGGAGGAACUGCUGAACGUACAUCAGACCUCCUCACAGGCAGCCAGAGACGUCCUCCAGUCGACGGCAGCAGACUACGUGACAUGGAGAAGGAGGCACAGAGUCGAGCCACAUUGCCGUCCGAUGACCAUGAUGACGUACCGGCCUCCAGCAGGCAUCAUGUGCAGCCCUUACUGGGAUAUGACUGGAUAGCAGGAGUCCUGGAUGCUGAGGACUCUUUGGUGGAACGAUCUGACGAGUUCUUCAAUGAUCUGCACAUGUUUCGAUCGCUGAAUAAAGACGAGUGUGUCCACAGCGGACAGACGGAAUUUUCUGAGGAGAACCGUCCAGUCCCACCACUGCUAACAGACGAGGCCGACCCAGAGGCCCACGUGGACACUCAUCAGUGUACGUUCUCCUACAGGAUCAACAGCAGACUGUUCCCCGUCCUGCUUCACUCUCAGGAGUGCUGUCCUGUGUGCAGAAAGCACAAAUCCUGCCACCCUCACACGGCUGCUGAACCGGCUCUGAUCAGGUACUGA